GUUCUUCAGUCCUUGACUCCUGGUGCUGAGUGUUAAUACCCCAUCAGUUCUCAAAGACGAUGCAGCCUGCUUAUUUCGCUUUCCUCGCUGCUCUUGUAGCUCUUGGACAGGCAGGUCCAAUCCAGAUAAGAGGUGGCCGUGACCAGACAACUUGUGCCAAAAUAUGCACAGGAAACCACAAGUUCAACUACAAACAAGGAAUCGCCUACAAAUAUGAAUACGCCAUCACCUCUGCGACCCUGAUGAAGGGCGCCUCCAGUGAUGAACCAACGAUAUCAAUAAGGGCCAAAGUGGAGAUUGAACCUGUGUCCAAAUGUGACUUCAUCAUGAGGAUCACAGAAGCCACUCUCCUUAAAGUUAAAGAUGCUUCGAAAAGCACCCGAUUCCAGGAAGAACUUACGGCACAUUCUUUGAGAUUUGCCUACCAGGAUGGCAUAAUCGAAGCUGUCUGCCCAGCAUCAGGGGAAUCAACAUGGGCCUUGAACAUGAAACGAGGUUUUUUGUCAGGUUUCCAGAACUCCAUGGAUACCCUCGAAGCAGGCACCGACGUAUACGAGACUGAUGUUGUAGGAACUUGCAUGACCUCGUACAGCCUACCGGAGGGCAAAGACAAAGCUGGAAGAAUUACAAAAGAGAAGGACCUCCUCAGUUGUACGAACCGAGAACAUUAUAAUAUUGCCAUGCAGUCUGUGAUGUACAAUUCUCAUUCUAAAGUGAACUCUCUACCACUUCUCAAGGGUACUUAUAUGUGCCAUCAGACAGUAGAUCCAUCAUCAAAGAUUUUGCAAGAGUCAGAAUGUAAAGAAGAACAUGUCUUCAGACCUUUUCCAAUGGUGACAGUGGAGCAAUGAACACAGUAACUCAAUCUUUGGUAUUCACAGGCGUUCGCAAACCAGAGCGCACUGCAGAGGAAGGUUUCAGUUACAGAACCACAUUACUCUUUGGACAUGAACAUUAUACAGUCAACCAACAUGAAACUAAACAAGAAAUUCAAGCCAACCUUCUGGAUUUCUGUAAAAACAUGGAUGCAUCUAUUGUUAAAGGAUUUACCGAGAAGAUGAAUGAAUUGAUUGAAUACGUUAAACAGGCAGAUUAUGAGACACUCCGAAAGGUUUACAACACAAUCUCCAGGAACAGCUUCUGCCAAAAGAAGACUGAACAAACCAAGUUAGUAAUU